AUGCACGACGAAGGCGGCGAAGCCGGCGGCUCCUGCGGCCAGCAACCGCUGGACCCCUCUGAAGCCGGCCAGCUGGACAACAACCACCACUCCGGCCACGUUUGCGGUGGCGCGCACAAGGAGUCGUCGGCGCCUUACGCCCAUUUCCGGAGUCGUAGGAAUCGACGUCCCAACGGAAUAUCGGUGGCCUGCCAAACCGACACGACCGAGGAAUACCCCCGGGAAGCGAGUUUAUUGACGCCGAAAGUCGACACGUCGACGCAAGCGGAAGCCUCGUCAUCCUCGGAGGGUGUUUUGCGAUUGAUGAUCCAAAACUUUCCGAAUAUGAACGACACGGUGCGGGGACCGAGUAAAAACAUCAACGGGGUGCAAUGGCGCAUCAUGGUGAUGCCACGGCAGCACGUUGUCCAAAAAGAAGGGGACGCAAAAAUGCUUGGGCUUUUUUCUGCAAUGCUGUCCGGAUGCUUAUUCGGACACAUGGCAAUGUCAAGCGGCGGCGGAACUGCGGCUUAUAUCGCAGAAGCCUGGCCCAAGGAGAACGAUUGGGGAUACUCGUGCUUCAUGACUUGGGCGGACAUCCUGGACGAAAGCCAGGGCUACAUCAAAGACGAUCGGGUGGUAUUGGAAGUCUCGGUGAAGGCGGACGCACCGAAGAACAUUCUGACAAAAGAGGAAUUCCAAAAGCAGAUCCACAGCUGGUACGAACUGGCGGUUCUACAGCACCAGCGUGGCUGCAUCGACUUGGCGCUUGAGGCAAACGCGCAGGCGCUCAAGUUCUGCAAGGAUCGGGACGCGGCGAUCAAGGACAAGCUGGAAACGCAGAAGAAAUUUUUGGUCGACCAGAAGGUCGUCGAGAGCAUCCAGCGGAUAGAGAAGAAAGAUCAACGCGGCGGCUCCGAAGAUGACAACAACCCGACAGCCGUCCGGUUGGCCAUCACACAAUCAUCAGCGCCAAAAGUCCCGGCUGCCAAGGGCAAAAAUGGCAAGAAGGGCGCCGGCGGCGCCACGGCCAAGAAGAAGAACACCCGCGCGUCCACCCCUCCCGGUUCACCACCAUCCGAGGAGAAGAAAGAGGCCAACGGCCAUCAAAACGGACUGGACGGCCGUUUCUCCAAGCAGCUCUACCACCGCGGCGGCAUGAAGGAGGACAGCCUGAUACACCUGGCGAAACAGAUCUACGAGCUGCCGGUGGACGCGAUCCCGCUGGACGAGGAGAACACCAAGGAGCACCUGCACAUGAUGAUCGACCAGUUCCUGCGCUCGUCAAAGACCAACACUGGCCCGCUGGACAUGGAGCUGCAGCGGCAGCACAUUAUUCGCAAAGCAAUCUCGUUUGUUGAGGAGUACGAGGAGAAGGUAGCGGAAGGAAAGGAUUUGGUCUCAACCGACCUCGAUUCCACCCUUCCACAGUACGAGCUUGACAUCGCCGAACUGUGGAAGCCGACUUUUGAUGCUCGCGUUGAGGAGCGCUUGCAGGUGAUCGAGGAUAACAUGAUGUGGCUCGACGCGAAGGUCCGCCUGUUCUGGGUGAGUGUCAAGCGUUUGAUGGAGAUGGACGAAGACGAUAGCUACACGGACGGCUCGUGCUCAUCGGAUACGGAUUCCGGAAGUGUACCAAAGAAAUGCGACUCGGAGUGCCAAACGGAGCCCGACUGCGAGAUGGUCGUCCUGCACCAACUGGAGCAGGACAAGAAGAAUUCGACCGGCGAGACGGUGCCCGUGCCCACGGUGAGAGUUCCGGCCCCGCCAAGGACGCAGCGCCCAAUGAAGACCGUGGCCAAGAAGAGCACCGCCGUCAGCGGCAAGGCGGCCGCCAACGCGCAGGUCAUCAACCAACAGCUCCAGCAAAUGCAGCAACAGCAGAUGAACCAGGCUCCCCUGGUGCCACAGACGCAGUCCGUGCAGCAGACGAUGCAGCCGAUGGUGAACGACCUCGUCGACCCGAACCAUCUGAUCCAGGGCCUGGUGGGUUACAUCGAUGGCAUGACGGCGGCCCAGAUGGUGCUCAAUGGCUCGCCCUCGGCGCCGCCGCCAAUGGAAUUUGCCAUGCGACUGCACCAAGAACCACUCGAUCAAUUCCAGAGCGCCAUGCCGCAGCUCCAACCGCAGACCUACCUCAACGAGCAGACCAUGGCCCACCAGCAGCAGCAGCAGCAACAUCAGCAGGCCCAGCAACCCGGGCAUCCGAUGGCAAUGGGACAGUACAUGCAGCCGCCGCCCGGCUUCGACCAGGAACGCUAUCACCAGGACGUCGCUGCAGGAUUCUGGCCGCCGUCGCCGUUCCUACACUACACUGCGCGCCAAAAGCCGAGGAGGCCUCAACAGUCUGCGACGGCCGAGCUGACCCCGGAAGAGCUCAACCCGGCCACACAGGACUACAUCACGCACGCCUUUGCGCGGAUCUGGAGCACGAUGGCAGGACGGGGAGAUGAUGUCGCGGUCGCCCAGCAGUUCACCCAAAUCGACCCGAACGCCCCGAUGCUGCCCUACGAGCAAUAUGUUGGCGGCUAUCAGAAUGGAGUGUACCCGAACGCCGCGGCCCAGCAACAGCACCAAAUCCAUCUGGCCCUCUCCGUGAUGGCCAUGUGCUGUGUGAACGCGAAGAAGGCCGAGGAGAAGCUCAGCGCCAUCACCCAGCAUAUUGAUCAAAAUGUUCGCAACCCGGACGUUCAAAAUGCGCUCCGGUCGCUGUGCAAGCUCGGUGAUAUGGUUGUCGUUGAAGAGGAGGAAGAGAUCGAGACCCCGAUUCACGACGAAAAGGAUUCCGGUGAAGACUACUUGCUCAACCGUCACGUCGCGCGCCUCGAAAAUCUCCAGCAAAAGGCCGAGAAAUACUCCUACUACAUCCACAGCAAGGACCGCGAAAAGUUGUCGCAGGCCGUGUCGGCCGUCGAGACCAAGUUCGAGAAGCUCGACAAGGAGAAGGCUCGCCUUCAGAAGCUCAGCGACGAGUCCAAGCGCGAAGCCGACAAGUCGGAGAAGAACCUGACAAAGACGCUCGGCGAGCUCAGGUCCGAGAAGGAGAUCAAGGACAAGUUGAACAACCAGCUGAAAGAGAAGAACAAGGAGAUCAAGAAGCUGGAGAAGCGCGUCAAGGAGCUGACGGCUCAGGCCGAGGAGAAGGACGAGCUUCGCGAGCAAAAGGAUGCGCUUUACAAGGAUCUUCAGGCUGAGAAAAAGAAGUACCAAGAGGCCGAAAAUCGGGUGAAGCGGGAGACCGCCGCCAAGGAGGAGCUGAAACGCCACCUCGCCGAUGAGACUCGAUCAAAGGAGUCCGAGAACUCGAGGUUGAGCCAGGCCAACGAGGAUCUCAAGUCGCAGCUCAAGAAGGCCGAGCAAACGGCUGCUUCUGAGAAGCAGAAGGCUACCGCUGCCCACAACCAAGCCCUCGAGCGCGCGAAGAAGGUCGAAAUCCAGUUUGUGGAGCUUGUCUACGAGGUCGGCACCAAGAAGCUGGAGCAGGCCAAGGAGGAGGCGUCGAAGAACAUGCGCGAGAUGGAGGACGCUGCGGCGAAUCGCGCACGCAACGCGCAAGAGCAACAACUGUACGCCGCGUCGAAGGACGAGUGGAAGGCCAAGGUUGACGAUAUUCAGAAGUUACUGAAUCAGGCCAAGACCGAGUUCAACGCGCAGCACGAGGCGCUGAAGAAGGGCAGACCUCUCUCCGAGCUGCCGAAGUUCCACGUGCCCGCACCACCACCACCGUGCAAGGUCGUCCAGAUUCAACCGCUUGUCCCGGCAUCGGUUGUGCUCCCACCGGAGAACAGGGCUGGCGUCAUCGGACAUCGUACCGGCGCCUCGCAACUCCCAACACCAAUCGGCACCAGCAUCUCGCCGCAGAACAAAGCCCCCGGAUCGCCCGUUCAGAAGCCGGUGGCCACCGUCGCCUCGCAACCACAGACAUCAAGCCCGAGCCGUCACGAUUUUGCAGGAACGCCCAUCUCGACCUGCCGAAUUGCCAAUGGCGGAGAAGCGGCCGGCGUGGGCCCUGCCACCAACUGCACGAAUGCCCCGGGAACCGGCGCUCUGCCCACGUGGAGCCACUGGAACGACUUCAACUUGACCGACAGUCUCUUCCCGACCGGCAACCGCACUUUCGGCUCGCUCACCAGCGACUUUGCAUCUACGCCAGCCUCCUCCAACUCGUCGUCCGGCCAGAAUCACACCACCACCAACGGAUGGCCCGAUGAGAGCGGCUGGGGUGCGAACAAGCCGGCGCCUGCGGCACCCGCGCCCGGCGCCCACAACACGUACAUGCGCGGCGUGAGCCCGAGCUUCGCCGGCGGCAACGUUUGGGACAGCUCGCGCGCCGCCCCACCCACCAGCGCCCCGAACCCGACGCCGCCCGCGCACAACACCGCCCAGGGCCCCAACGCUCAAGUUAGGUACCAAACAAUCAUCGCGCGGCUCGUGGAAUUCUUCAACGGAUUCGAGCAGGCGAAGCUCGUCGACCUGGCCAACCAGUACUGCAUCGAGAACAAGACGAACCUGCAGAACGAGAGCCUCGAGGGAGCCGUGGCGAUUCUGAAGGAUUUCAUCCUGAAGAAGGUGCGCGCAAAUGGGAUGCAACCCACGAGCCAGAUGCAAAUGCCGCCGAAUCGCCGUAUCCAGCCUCCACCCGGCGUCUCCAACGCCGCCUACAUGGGAAUGGCCGGCGGCAUGCCCCAGCUUGACAUCAGCGCCCGCCCCAACCCGCUCGGCUACCCGCCCCUCAUCGAGCCGCCGCACCUCCUCAACGGCGACGCCUCGCGCAACAUUCUCCAGAAUGAGAAAUGGAACCUUUCC